AUGUCAAGUCUUACUUAUCCAAAGCUGUCUUUGAAUGUCUUCAUCGACAAAUUGAAAACAAAGGUAUUAUUUGCAGAAGCCAACAGCGAUUUCAUCAACGUUCUGCUGAGCUUCAUCACCCUUCCAUUAGGAAAAAUCGUCACAAUUCUCCAAAACCACAACGGAUCAGACGAGGCAGCCUCCAUCGGAAGCUUAACCAACCUCUACAAAGGCUUGUCUGACCUUGACACCGCUUAUUUCUCCACUCCAGGCGCUAAGGAAAUGCUGCUGAAUCCACGGAGUUCUUUCCGAGCAGAAUGGCGCAAACUAGCGGUUGAUGUUACCGGCGCAGAGCCGCUGCAAUACUACUGCUGUGAAGACGGUAAUUGCUCUAGAAAUGCUUUUGAUAAUAUCAGCGUGUAUUCCGAUAUAGCUACGUGUGAGUGUGGGAGAUCGUUGAACAGAGGAGUACGCAUUGAAGAAGGCCGGGGCGAUGACCAGGCUGAAGCUUUCAUCUGUCAGCUGCUCAAGUUGUGGUUAACUUCUGAAACCCCAUUAACGGACAUGAUAAUGAAGGACACUCUGGAUAACCCAGAAUCUGAUUAUUGGUGGCUCUACAAUGAUGAUCGUCAUAAGAUUUAUAAUUAUGCUGCUACAGAGUCCAGAAAAUUGGUCUUGAGAGCAUUCUUUCAUAAAUCCACGAAUAAAUUCUUGUUUGCAGAAGCUACUGAUGAGUUUGUAGAGCUUCUUUUCAGCUUUCUUGCUAUUCCUUGA